GUGGCCUGGCCUUUGGGGAUGGAGUGGGCCCUGCUUAACCCCUCCCCAGCCCAGCUGCCUGGUGGGAGGAGGCUGCCUAGGCUGCAGGAAGAACUGUGUGGAGGUGGCACCCUCUUGCUGGGGCUCCCAGCAUGGCACUAGCAUGGAGGCAAUCCUGGACCCUCCAGGCAAGACCCAGAACAGACAGUAAUUAGGGUACUGGCCAGGCAGAAUGGACACAGAAGAGUUAACUGAGGGUGUGACAGGCGAACCCGCCCUCAGGAAGUGUUACUCACCCUGGGAAUGUGUGCGCCUGUGCCUGGGGGCUGAAUUCUCUUCCUGAGUCCUGGGAGAAGCCUAACAGAAGGAAAAAAGAGGAGCUCCUGACCAUGGGAGACCUGGGAGAGCCAGAAGCAGACCAUUCUAGCGUCCCCAGCCCAAGCGUCACCCAUGGACACCUGGAGAGAGAGAAGCCACUCCAGGACCCACUCUACGACAUACCUGAUGCCAGCGGGGGUCAGGCAGGUGGGCCCCAGCGACCCACACGCACCGUGAGCCUCCGGGAGCGCCUGCUGAUCACGCGACCCGUGUGGCUACAGCUGCGGGCCAACGCAGCUGCAGCUCUGCACGUGCUGAGGACUGAGCCCCCGGGGACAUUCCUGGUGCGGAAAUCUAACACUCGCCAGUGCCAGGCCCUGUGUGUGCGGCUGCCAGAGGCCAGUGGCCCCUCCUUCGUCUCCAGCCACUACAUCCAGGAACAUCCUGGUGGUGUCUCUUUGGAGAGCUCUGAGCUUCUGUUCCCAGACCUAGUUCAGCUCAUCUGUGCCUACUGUCAUAGCCGGGACAUCCUUGUUCUCCCACUCCAACUCCCCAGAGCCAUCCAACAGGCAGUCACCCACAAGGAGCUGGAGGCCAUCUCCCAUCUUGGCAUUGAGUUCUGGAGCUCUUCCCUCAACACCAAGGCUCAGCGGGGUCUGUCCGAAGGCCCACCAGGCCCACUGCCACCCCGGCUGAAGGCCCGCUCCCCCCAUGAGCUGGACCAGGGCACCGGUGCCGUGCUCUGCUUCUUCAACCCCCUCUUCCCAGGGGACCUCGGCCCCACCAAGCGUGAAAAAUUCAAGACGAGCUUCAAAGUGCGCGUGUCCACAGAGACCUCCAGCCCCCUGUCUCCACCUGCUGUGCCACCUCCCCCAGUCCCCAUGCUGCCUGGGGCACCCCCCAGCCACCCCGAGAGGCUCCCCCCUCGUCAGCUGCUGCGGAGGGAGAGCUCAGUAGGGUACCGUGUGCCAGGGGGCACCAGCCCCAGUCUACCACCCCUGCCCUCCCUCCAGGAGGUGGAAUGCGGCUCCCCUAGCAGUUCCGAGGAGGAGGGCCCGCCAGGGUCCCGGGGCAACCCCUCAGUCUCCCCCAGUCUGAGCCGCAGGUGGCACAGGCGGCCACUGCUUAGGUCCAUGAGCGCUGCCUUCUGCUCCCUGCUGGCUCCCGAGCGGCAGGUGACCCGUGCCGCUGCCGCGCUGGUACAGGACAGGCACACAGGCGUGGGCCAGCUGGUGCAGGACCUCCUGACGCAGGUGCGGGCUGGCCACGAGCCCCAGGAGCUGCAAAGCAUCCGCCAGGCACUGAGCCGGGCCCGGGCCAUGCUGAGUGCAGAGCUGGGGCCUGAGAAGCUGUUGCCUGCUGAGAGGUUGGAACACGUCCUGGAGAAGUCAUUGCAUCGCUCCGUACUCAAGCCUCUCCGGCCCAUUCUGGCAGCCCGCCUUCGGCGCCGACUUUCUGCUGAUGGCUCCCUUGGCCGCCUGGCUGAGGGCCUCCGCCUGGCCCGAACCCAGGGCCCUGGAGCCUUCAGCUCUCACCUGAGCCCACCCUCCCUGGUGGAGAUGGAGCAGGUGCGCCAGAAGCUACUGCAGCUGCUCCGUACCUACUCACCCAGCGCCCAGGUUAAGCGACUCCUGCAGGCCUGCAAGCUGCUGUAUACAAGCCUGAAGAGCCAGGCAGGGGAGAGUGCAGGUGCUGAUGAGUUCCUGCCACUGCUGAGCCUCGUCUUGGCCCAAUGUGACCUUCCUGACCUCCUGCUGGAAGCCGAGUAUAUGUCGGAGCUUCUGGAACCUUCUCUGCUCACUGGAGAGGGUGGCUACUACCUGACCAGCCUAUCAGCCAGCUUGGCCCUGCUGAGCAGCCUAAGCCAAUCUCACACCCUCCCCCUGAGCCCUGCACAGGAGCUGCAGCGUUCCCUGAGGCUCUGGGAGCAGCGGUGCCUGCCUGCUACCCACAGCUUCCAGCACCUCCUCAGAGUGGCUUACCAGGACCCCAGCAGUGGGUGUACCUCCAAGACCUUGGCUGUGCCCCCAGGAGUCUCCAUUGCCACCCUGAACCAGCUCUGUGCCACCAAAUUCCGAGUGACUCAACCUGAUGCUUUUGGCCUCUUCCUGUACAAGGAACAGAGCUAUCACCGCCUGCACCCAGGAGCCCUGGCCCACAGGCUUCCCACAGCUGGCUACCUCGUCUACCGCCGGGCAGAGCGGCCUGAGAUCCAGGAGGACACAAGACAGGAGAUGGGUAGUGGGCGGCCAGAGGCCAGCAGCCAGGAAGAGGAGAAAGAUGCCCAGGGACAGGGGAGUGUGGGGGUCAAAGCCAGUCCCAAGGACAGUGGGGGACAGUACAAGGCUGCUGAGGGGGACAGGUGUCAAGCUGAAGAAGGCCACGUGCAUCAAGGGGAGCCAGAAGCUGAGCAAAACCUGGUCACAGAGGAGUAGCUGGAAAGGACCAGAAGGUCAUCUGGGGCAGGAGCCUGCAGAGAAGGCCGGCAGAGCCACCAGCCCCACUCAGCAAGGCCACAGCUUCCUUAGCCACCACCACCCCAGCCCUCUCCUGUGUCUGCUACCACCUCUGAUACUUAACGUCCAUGAGCACAGCUACUAAAGGCUGGGGCCGGGCCACAGCUGAGGCACUAGGGUGAAGUUGAGGGGCUUGGGAGACUUCUAUGUCUUCUGCCUCUUGUUCUUCUGCAGCCUGCAGGGGUGAGUGUGUCCAGCAGAGGAAAAGUCCCACUGAGGCCCAGCCUCUGGCAUGGUGGGGGUGUGUGGGCCCAGCUCCUUUUUCAUCUCCCCCCCUUGAGCACAGGUGGGGUUACAAGGCCUUCAAGGUCCUGAAAGGCUCUAGUCACUGCUGGUGUCUGGAAGACUCAGGGAGGUAGCACAGUGCCAGCAAAGGUCCCCAGAAGGACCAGCUCCUCCCAGGCUCAGCAUCCUCCCAGCAAAGGGGAUACUAGCACUGCGCUGCCCGCCUCCUGGAAGGGCUCAGUGGAUGACCUUGCUGCUGCAAGGGAGAAGGGAGAAGAAGGGAGAAGGGAGGGAGAAGCCGGGUGUUAGCAGCUGUCUGCUCUCUCCCAUGAGCCCUUGCCCUGCCCAGCAGGCUCUUACCUGCGGUUUCUCACUCCAUCUGUCUUACUGGCUGGAGGCCACGUUCUAGGGGCUAAAGCAUUUGUGUUGAAGCCUUCUCCCAGGAUUGGAAGUCCUCCUAGAUACUCAAGGUGGAUAAUGGCCCCCCUCAGGAGCUGAGCAGAAAUGGAGAAAGAGGUUCUGAAACCAUUUUCUCUAACUAAACUUCUAGUACUCAUAAAAGCUUUAUGAGGAUACAAGGCAAGGCUUGUUGGCCCCAUUGAGGUACAAGAGAGCGACUCCCAGGAAGAUACCACCCAGCAAAACAGCCCUCAAGGCCAGGACAGCUCCAAAGGGAACUCAGGAGGCAAAUCUGAACAAAUGAAAAUGCCAACCACUGACCACAAGGGGGCGCGCGCAGGCCAGGAAGCUGCAGGGAGGGGGCUCAGGGCCACAGAGCAUGGGCAUCAAUCAUGGGUCGCAGUCUUCGCUCAUCUGUGGCCUUAAGGCAGCCUGGGAACAGCGAAACCCGGGAUUACUGGCCCUCAGGUCGCUUGGAGUUAGGGGUCUAGGUCAGACCAGUCUCUCAGGGACCUUUCCUCAGGAAAAUUGUCCUGAGAUGGAGGUGGACCCCAGCCAGUCUGCAUGACAUUCUUUUCAUGUGCUAGGUACAAAGAGGCAUCAACACACAUGUGACAUUACAGCCAGGAGGAAGAAAUGGUGGACGGAGGCUUUCACACAACCCAUAGCCCAGCUACAGGGCUCCCAAAUUUCUCACUAGACCCCCGAAUUCCCCCCAACCCUGUACCCCUCUCCCCAUCUCCUUGCUGGUAGGAAGUCUCCCAUUUACUCUUUUGUGUGUCCUCCCAGCGAGUCCCCAUCCCCAGUGCCUUGUUCAGUGUGAGCACACAGUAGGUGCUCAAUAAAACCUGUCCAUGGA